AUGAUGAAACGAUUAUGGUUUGUUGCAAUUUUGCAAUGCAUUUUCAUUUAUCAGAAAAUUUUUUCACAAUUGGUAAAUUUCUCAAAUUCAUCAUUUGCUAUUGAUUAUCAAAAUAAUACAUUUCUGCUGAACGGUAAACCAUUUAGGUAUAUUUCGGGUAGCAUUCAUUACUUUCGCAUACAUCCUCAUUAUUGGGCUGAUCGAUUGAGCCGAAUUCGAGCUGCUGGCUUGAACGCCAUACAAUUGUACAUCCCGUGGAAUUUUCAUGAAGUUUACAAUGGAAGAUAUCUUUUCAAUGGACAACGCAAUAUAUCACGUUUCAUUGAACUUGCUGCAUCCAAUCAUUUGUUCGUCCUUGCAAGGAUUGGUCCAUACAUUUGUGCUGAAUGGGAAAAUGGUGGAUUGCCAUGGUGGCUUACUCAUAAAUACAGCGAUAUUGAUCAAAGAACUUCCGAUAAACGAUUUCUACAAGAAGUAGAACUUUGGUUCAACGUACUCCUACCCAUACUAAAUAAUCACCUGCUUAAAAAUGGUGGUCCGAUAUUGAUGGUACAGGUGGAAAAUGAAUAUGGCAGUCAUAAAGCAUGCGAUGGAGUAUAUAUGAAACGAUUGAGUGAUAUGGUUCGAUAUCAUUUUGGAUCAGAUGUUCUCCAAUAUACCACUGAUGGAUCGGGCGAGAGAUACCUGAGAUGUGGCACGACAUCAGGUGCUUAUCCAACGAUCGAUUUCGGUCCAACAAGUCGGCAAAACGUUAAUGCACAUUUUGCACUGCAACGACGUUACGCACCACACGGACCAUUGGUGAAUUCGGAAUUUUAUCCUGGAUGGCUUGUUCUUUGGGGUCAAAGAAGUCAAAAGUUACCGUCAACAGCAGAAAUGAUUGAUACGGCUGAUUACAUGUAUUAUCUUGGCGCAAAUAUUAAUUUUUACAUGUUCCAUGGUGGUACCAAUUUUGGUUAUUGGAAUGGUGCUGAAACUGCUGCACCGGUAAUAACAUCAUACGACUAUUCUGCUCCACUAACUGAGGCCGGUGAUUUAACACCGAAAUAUAUGGCGAUACGAAAUUGGUUGGCCAGUAAAUCGGAUUGGCCAUAUAAACCAGGCGAUGUACCGCAGGAUAAUUUAAAAAUUGGUUAUGGUAGUGUGAAGUUGAAAAAGAUCUUACCGUUAGGUAAAUAUUUUUGGGAAUUAGUGGGAGAAAGUCGAGAAUGUCGAAGAACAAAAUAUCCACUUUCAUUUGAACAACUCGAGCAUCCAUUUGGCUUUGUGAUAUACCACACAACAUUGAAGUUUGGCGGAACAAAUCUUACAAUACCACUAAUUAAAGAUCGUGGCUAUGUAUUAAUUGAUAGUGAAUUACAGGGGGUGCUGGUAAAUAAAUUUGGGAGCUAUUUCAAGCACUGGAUAGAUUUAAAAGAUGCAAAGGAAGGUGCAAAACUUGGAAUAUUAGUGGAAAAUCAAGGCCGGCAAACAAUUCCAACAAUUAACGAUUUCAAAGGAGAUGAAAGUGGAAUAGGUUUAUAUAUGGGUUAUUUCUAUGCAAAUCGUCUUGCUGAUACUUUUUUUAAUCCAAGUGGAUGGGGCAAAGGACAAGUAUUUAUUAAUGGACAUAAUAUUGGUCGAUACUGGCCAAGUGUUGGGCCUCAGAUAACUCUUUACGUCCCGAAGUAUUAUCUGAGACAACACAAUACGAUCAUUAUAUUAGAAUUGGAACAAUCCGAGAACUGCCAGAAGCAAUUCUGUGCUAUCAGUUUUAUCGAUCAUCCAAUAUUUAAUUUUACUAAAUGA